GCAGACAUAUGCGUGGUCUCGUAAGUAGGAUGACCUACGAACGGAGCCGAGAAGCAAAAAAUAAUGACAAAAGGGCACGCAAUAGUGCAAUUGAAUGUAAAGUAAAUUAUAGGAUUUCACUAAGACGUAGCAUACCCAAAGCUGGAACAACAAUUUAUAAGGAAGCCGAAAAUAUAUUCAAUUAAGAAGUGAGUAGGUAAAUGUAUAUGAUCUUAAUAGUCUUUGGCAGUUCCAGAUGUGACAAAGCUUGGAGAUCCGGCUUCACCGGCAUAUCUGUCACGAACUCGUAUUGAAACUGCAGCUUCCGUUAAUGCCUAUCGUAUACGUGUGAAAUAAUUCGUGAUUGGUUUCAAUUCUACAUUUCUCGAUGAAUUGCUAAACAAUGAGGAAAAUCAAAUAUUCGCAAUCUGUCCCUGCAGACGCUCAGCUUUGGGAUCAUUAACCGCAUGAGUCAUUGGGCCUAGUGUUAUCGAUCCAAGUCUGCCAUCAAUGGUUGUCACCUCCUGGCGUUGCUACCGCGCAGUUUGUGUUUUCGUCUAGGCGUCUGGUUUGCCAUCCGAUAGCGGCAUCUCGAGAUUUGGUUGGGAUAUCGCUGGUUGCCAUUAUCUUUCUCUAAUCGCCCACAUCAUGCACAAUUCAUGACAAGCUGUCGUGAAGGAUACUUUGAGGUCGUAGAACUACAUUAGCGCGUCCAUUGGUCUCGCCAGUGCCGUCUGUCAUAUGACGCUGAGCAAGGAGGAGAGAUUGUCGCCGGAAAGCGUGUAAUUUGACAGAAAUAGAAGAAACGUUCCCUCCCCGAGCCGGGGGGAGUCGACCUGCCUGCGACGCUAGUUUUGCCUGCCAGAACGGGCCCGGCCCUGCCGGGCACGGUGCAGUGUGUUGCGGCGCGGAGCCGAGCGGAGCGACAGACGCCGGGACCAACUUUGUUUUCGUUUUGCAGCAAGGUGACAGUAUAUGAUAUUGACGCCGAUUCGUCUAACGGCUCAUCAUGGCUUGGCGAUUCAAGGCUUCUAAGUACAAAAAUGCCGCGCCCAUCGUCCCCAAACCCGAAGCUUGCAUCCGUGACAUUUCCGUCGGUUCUUAUCAGACCUACGGAAAUAACAUCGCCGCUUCCGCGGCAUUUAUGGCCUUCAAUGUCGACCACAACGGGUCGAGCCUGGCCGUGCUGCCCAUCGACGACUGCGGGCGCAAGAGCAAGACGAUGCCGCUCCUGCACGCGCACAGCGACACCGUCACCGACAUGGCCUUCUCGCCCUUCCACGACGGGCUGCUGGCCACCGGGUCGCAGGACUGCCUGGUGAAGGUGUGGCACAUCCCCGAGGGCGGGCUGGAGGAGAGCCUGAGCGUGCCCGAGUGCACCUUCUCGCAUAAGCAGCGCCGCGUGGAGACCGUGGCCUUCCACCCCACGGCGGACGGACUCAUGUCCACCUCCUCGUACACCACGCUCGCCCUCUGGGACCUCGCCGCCCAACAGGAGGUCUUCUCUAAUGGGUCUGAGCAUGGAGAUGUGAUACAGUCAGUAGCAUGGCGGCGAGAUGGGUCACUGAUUGCUACCAGUUGCAAGGACAAACAAGUGCGUGUAGGUGAUCCACGUAGUCCAAAAUUUAUUACACAUUCUGCCAAUAGCCACCAAAGCAUCAAAGAUUCAAGAGUCGUGUGGUUGGGAGAUUCAGGACGUCUUCUCACCACUGGAUUUGAUUCUGGUCGUCAAAGAGAAGUAUUCCUCAGAGAUCUUCGGCGCUUUGAAGAAGCAGAUCGUGCUCUUGUUCUUGAUAGCUCCACUGGGGUGUUAAUGCCCCUAUUUGAUCCGGACACGGGCAUGCUGUUUCUUGCAGCAAAAGGUGACACUACCGUGCUGUUUCUUGAGCUAUUAGAGCGAGAGCCUUUCUUGGCUGAAGGACUUCGCCAUACAGGCGAACAGACUAAAGGUGCAUGCCUUGUGCCCAAACGGGCCCUUGCAGUCAUGCAAGGAGAGGUGAAUAGACUGUUGCAGCUCACCUCCAGUGCAGUUGUCCCAAUCACCUACCAAGUUCCUCGGAAGUCGUAUCGUGAUUUCCAUGCUGAUCUCUAUCCGGACACACCUGGCGCAGAUGCCCCAUUGUCCGCUGCACAAUGGCUUAGUGGCAAAGAUGCGCAAGUUGCGCGCAUUAGCCUGGACCCAGCUAACCGCACCAAUGCAGGCGCUGCACCACAGGUGUGCUUGUCAUGCACCAUCUAAAAUAUUAAAUGUCAAUACUUGGUCUCCAAAACUACCAUCUACCCAAUUUGAGGGAUAUUCUGGACUAAUUUGUUUACUAUGACUCAUAAUUUCAAGUGAUUUAAAAGUCUUUGACAUAACGCUUGUGUUAAUGUCAGUUAAGGUGUAUAAUAUUAAUUGGUAUAAAUGGGUUAACCUGGUGAUGUGAGAAGCAAAUGAAAUGCUUUCAACUAACAUCAAAUAACUUUUAAUAUGAAUAGGAGUAACAUGCUUUUAAUGUGUGUGCUUGUGGAAAUUUCAGCACAAUUACUUGUAACCUAAACUCUCAAACACAGAGGUUACCUUAAAUAAAAGAUUAUUUGGGGAUCAAAAUUGAUAAAAUUAGAGAUGUAGGUGAUGGAGAAGCUGAAGGGCAUCACUUAAGGUUUUGAAAAGGGUUUGAGGGUGUGAUAAAAAAGAAGAAAAUUUCUUAGUUAUACUAUUGAUUUUAGUAAGUUGGGAAUUGUUUCUUGCUAAGAGAAGCAAGAUGGCAAUAAAAUGGUUCACUCAGAUUAAUGAAAGCAUUGUUGCUUUGUUUUUGUUUGUUUUUAAAUUAAAG